ACGUAAUUGAGAAAUAAACCCAAAAUGUGCAUAUGCUUUAAAACAAUACCACAUAUCAUUUUAUAAAUCUUUAAUGGCAAAUUUUCUACAAUCAACAUCAUUUUAGUGAAUGAUUUUCUAAAAACCGUGUUGCACGUGCCAAAUAUUUUGUAGUCCGCUAAAAACAAAGUCAUAAGUACCAGCCAGUUGAUUGAAAAAUUUAUUGCUGUUCCACGAUUUCUGUUUUUUACCAAGAUUUUCAUCAAAAGUUAGGGUAAUUUGUCGAAAGGAUGGGACGUUAUGCACGCAAGAAAAUGCAUAAAGGCAACAAAGUGCUCAGAAAAUUCAAAACCAAACACAAAACGAAAGAUGUAGAUGAGAUCCACGAAGAUCUGAAGCCAACAAAGCGUGCCAAGUUAGUCAGUCAAGAAGUUGAUUUAGAUGUGCCUGGUGGAGCACAACAUUACUGCAUAACUUGCUCAAAACACUGUGUGAGUGAAACAGCAUUAAAAGAUCACUUCAAGUCAAAGCCACAUAAAAGAAGGUUAAAGAAACUUGAAACAGAGCCAUAUACACAAGCAGAGGCGGACAGAGCUGCCGGGAUGGGGUCAUAUGUUGCACCGAAAAAAGUCAAAGUGGAUGGUCAAGAAGUGGAACAGAAAAUGGAUCAAUCUGAUGAAGAAACAUGAUCUUUGAGGAAGAAAUAUAUACAGUGGAACCUCUCUUAGUGGACACCUCUCUGUUAAGGACAACCUCUCUAUUAAGGACAAUAGUUUUAGUCCCAAAUUGGUUGUUUCCAUUCAAUUUGACCGCUCUAUUAAGGACAGCACUUGUCAGUCCCGAGGGUGUCCUCAAUAGAGAGGUUCUGCUGUAUUCCAAUAAUUGUUGAUGUAAAUACUGCAUUUAUUUCAAAAAGUAAAUAAACGAUUU